AUGAAGAGGCUUAGCGUUGUUCAUUGUUGUGUGAUCUUUGUAAUCUUGUUAGUCAAUGGAGUUUUGGCGAAUGCAGUGGUGAAUGAUGAUGUGUUGGAGUCUAAGAAAGAUGGUAAGGCCACGGCUGCUGAAGUUGAGAGUUCGAAACCGAGAUGGUUUGGAGGUUGUGGUGGGAAUGGGGGAGGUCCUGGUGGUGGUGCGGGUGGGUGUGCUGGCUAUGCUGGAGGAGGUGGUGGUGGAUAUCCGGGAGGAACACCUGGACAACCUGGCUGGGGCGGCCGUGGAGGCAAUGGCGGGGGAAUUGGAGGAGGUGCUGGGGGUGCAGGUGGAUAUCCUGGAGGAACACCGGGUAGUCAUGGAAAGAGGCCUCGAGAAGGUCAUGGUGGAAGGGGUUCUAGACAUGGUGGUAAUGCAAGUGGUGGCCGAGGUGGAGGUGGUUCGUAUUCAAUGCCAAAUCCUAAUGGUCCAAGGUGCGGAAAUAUUCAAAUGGCUGAGAUUGCUUAUGGAUAUUUGAUUAGUUAUGAUUGCGGUAAUUGCAAUUACCAGUACACUAUUGAUUACACUGGCAUGACCACCGGUUAUGCUACCGUUACUUGUUCUUAG